UGUUCGCUGAGCUGCACAUAUCGAGCAGCAGCACUGUGUUUACGUUCUUACAAUGUGUUGAACAGAGCAUACGAUUAUGUUUUAAAUGGUUGCUUUUUAACGACGAGGCAAAAUCGGGACAACCGCCGAGUUUAAUUCAGCACAAAUCACAAAAAGACCUCAAUUUCUUUCCAAACGAUUGGAAGAGGAGGAGGAAGGUUUUACAUUUUCCAGAUCACAUCAUUCAUUUGCAACAUGGAUCGACUGGCUUCAUUUGGAAAUGAUCCUUUCGAUAAGCCUCCCUGUCGAGGAUGUUCCUCAUAUCUGGUGGAGCCAUACAUCAAGUGUGCUGAAUGUGGACCGUCCCCAUUUCUCCUGUGUCUGCAGUGUUUCACUAGAGGAUAUGAGUAUAAAAAACACCAGAGUGACCACAAAUAUGAAAUCAUGACCUCAGAUUUUCCGGUGUUAGAGAGUGGCUGGACUGCACAAGAGGAAAUGGCUCUUUUAGAGGCCGUCAUGGACUGUGGGUUUGGGAAUUGGCAGGAUGUGGCUUACCAGAUGCGCACAAAAACCAAAGAAGAAUGUGAGGGUCACUACAUGAAAAACUAUAUCAACAAUCCUCUGUUCUCCUCCACUCUGCUCAGUCUCAGACAUAUGGAUGAUCAUCUGUCCCGGACAGCAGACACAGCCAUUUCCUUCAAGCCAACGGAUGAUCCUCCAAGGCCUUCCUUCGACUCUCAGCUGUCCAGAGAUAUGGCCGGAUACAUGCCGGCUCGAGCAGACUUCAUGGAGGAGUUUGAUAAUUACGCUGAAUGGGAUUUGAAAGACAUUGACUUUGUUGAUGAUGAUUCUGAUAUCCUUCAUGCACUGAAGGUUGCAGUAGUGGAUAUUUAUCACUCCAGACUAAAAGAAAGACAGAGGAGAAAAAAGAUCAUUCGAGAUCACGGCCUCAUCAACCUACGCAAGUUUCAGAUUCUGGAGAGGCGUUAUCCCAAGGAAGUGCAGGACCUUUAUGAUGUCAUGAGACGCUUUGCUCGUGUAGUGGGACCAAAAGAGCACGACAAGUUCAUCGAGAGUCACACCUUGGAGUUUGAGCUGCGGAGGGAGAUCCACAGACUGCAGGAGUACAGGAGCGAGGGAAUACAGUCCUUCUGCGGUGCUAAAGUCUAUGAGCGAGUGAAACGCACACGAGAGGAUGAGCGCAGGAAGAGGAACAUGCUUUGUGACGUCCUGCAGUACAUUCACGACACCCGCGCCUGCCAGCAGUGGCUGCACAAACAAGCUGCCAUUGACGCUGGAAUCGCGCCUGUGGUCAGCACUAUCAGCACCUCAGGCAGAAGAAGUGCUCCUCCACUAAACCUCACAGGCCUGCCAGGCACAGAGAAGCUCAACGAGAGAGAGAAAGAGCUGUGUCAGGUGGUGCGACUGGUGCCCGGGGCGUAUCUGGAGUACAAACAAGCCCUGCUGAACGAGUGCCGGCGGCAGGGGGGACUGAGACUCGCACAGGCCCGAUCGCUCAUCAAGAUCGACGUCAACAAGACACGCAAGAUCUAUGAUUUCCUUAUCAAAGAGGGCUACAUCAAUAAGGCUUAGCGCUGAUUGAAGAGCUGAUGAUAGAUGGAGGACUGUAAGUGGACUCGUUCUGUGUUGGUUAUUAAUUCCUGACAGGUUUGAUGUUAAAAAAGACUGAUUUGGUUGCGCAAGACAGACUUGUGGUGUGGAGAAUCUGAUUGUUGCGCAGCUCUAAUAUUAAAAGAGUAGUUUUUUUUAUUCGUC